UAACAAAGGCUUGGCGUAGCCUUAACGCUUAACCAGAGACCGACUAAGUGAAUAUAUAUAUGUUUUGCGAUCGCGCAGACCCGCUCGAGAGAUAAAUUAGACUAAAGGAGGAGACGAAGAUUUGUAACACUCAGGGCAAAAAGAAAGAGAGGAGAUGCAGAUCUUCGUGAAAACCCUCACCGGAAAAACGAUAACCCUAGAGGUUGAGAGCAGCGACACCAUCGACAACGUCAAAGCCAAAAUCCAGGACAAAGAAGGUAUUCCACCAGAUCAGCAAAGGCUCAUCUUCGCCGGUAAGCAGCUUGAAGAUGGCAGAACCCUGGCGGAUUACAACAUCCAGAAAGAGUCUACUCUUCAUCUCGUCUUGAGGCUCCGUGGUGGUACCAUGAUCAAGGUCAAGACUCUCACUGGCAAAGAAAUCGAGAUUGAUAUCGAACCAACCGACACCAUUGAUCGUAUCAAGGAACGUGUCGAAGAGAAAGAAGGCAUCCCUCCCGUCCAACAAAGGCUUAUCUAUGCAGGAAAACAGCUUGCUGAUGACAAGACGGCCAAAGAUUACAACAUAGAGGGUGGCUCUGUUCUUCAUUUGGUUCUUGCUCUUAGGGGUGGUGGUUGUUGUGUUCUUGCUCUCUGAUUGUGUUUGAAAUCAAAACAUGUAUCUCUUUUUUUUCUAUCUAUUUUACUCCUAUGGUGGUGGAAAUUGGAAUAUUAUCAUGUUUUCUCUGAUUCUGUUUGGACUUCAUAUGAACACCCUCAUUUUGAUAUGAUGAUAUUGGCAUGUUGGUUAUAUUGUC